GUCAGCGUUAGGUUGAGGUUAUGUCCUUCCAUAGUUUCCAUCUGAGUCUGUUGUUUGUUUGUUAUUUCAAUGUUCACCACAUGAAAUGAACUAUGAUUAAAUUUAUUGAAUGCUGACUAGUUGAUGGUAAAAAUAAUUUAUAAAAUGCCAACCAUUGUAGCAGUUGAUGUUUCACUGUCAAUGGCGCAGCCUGUUGCACUUGAAUCUGGCGAAACGUUCACUCGGCUUCAACUCGCAAUUCAUGGAAUCAACACUCUUCUCGAUUACUUCUCACUCUACUCUAAACUCGAAUUUGUCGCUGUUGUGGCGUUCUCCUCAGCAUGUGAAGUAAUAUCGCAUUUCACGAGAGAUUUUGAUCAGUUGAAAUUGAAACUGAACCGACUUGAGGAAUGUGACAAGCAGGAUAUUGAAGCUGCACUACAGGCUAUCAACACUAUUGUGCUCAGUGAAUGGGGUACAGCCACUCCUUGUCAGGUAAUUGUGAUAACGGACGGGGACUUGACGAAGGUGAGCCAACCGAGCGCUGCGCUGCCGUUCCCGUUUCCGGGCAAGAUGGUGGCGGUGGCCCUGACAGCGGCCGGCAGCCACACGCCCAACCUGCGGCGCCUGGUGGAGGCGUCCGGUGGCCCCGAUGGCUGCGUCCUCAUGCCCGACAGCCAGCACCUGUCCCCCGCCUGUGUGCACUCUCUCUUCCACAAGCUCGCCCAAGACAACUACAGCUCGUUCACCGGCACGCUCAAGUGCGGACACCUCGCCUGUAAAGUCAUUCUGUCGCCGUCGCCGGUGCCGUACACAAAAACGACAGACUUCGACGUGGAAACGAUGAGCCUGUCGGGCGUGCUGGAGGUGUGUGGCUUCGUGGAGGUGGCUCACGUGGGGAGUCCGGCCGCCGUGUCCCGCCACCUGGUACUGCCCCACCCCGCCUCCAACCCCGCCCCCCACCCUGCCCCCGCCCCAUCACCGGUCAAGACCGAGGCGCCAGAGUCGGACGAUGACAAUCACGAUGACGGCCGAACGCCUUCAUUCUGCGUGCUUUUGCAUGGUGCUCUCAAGGUUGAGAACAUGGCAGCUAUUUGCCAGGUUGGCAGUGACUGGUACGGUGUGCUCUAUUCAUGGGCUGAUUCCAAGAAAAAAUCAAAUCUAAUGCUGACACUUCUGGAGCCAGGCACUGAUACCGUUCCUUGGCUUGGCAACUUCAAACACCUUGGUGUACUAUCAGACCCUGAGAAUCCAAAUCCUGAGGAAACUUUCCCUAUAAGACCUGCAGAAAAACGAAGCUAUUCACAGAACAAUUGUGUGGUCUGGAUCCGACAAGCUGGUUUGCAAUCCGACAUCCAGAAAAUUCUAAGGCAUGCGAGAAAGUUACCUGAGAAAACCACACAUUUCUACAAGGAGCUGAACCGGGUGCGUCGCGCGGCCAUCGCGCUGGGCUUCAUGUCGCUGGUGGACGGACUGGCGGCCAUUUUGGAGCGAGAGUGCACCCUGCUGCCGGGCACUGCGCAUCCAGACUGCGCACUCCAGCUCACGCAUGCGGCCGGCGCACUCAGGCAGCCUUACAGCCGCGACCCCAAGUACAACGUCAUGCCUAUGCGCACAAAGUACACCGAUGCUGAUUGAUAUCCAUGAUGUGUGUCGACGACUAAAGCAAAGUGAAUGAGAUAAUAGAAUAGAAUGACUUAUUUAUUUGUUGACGUGGCGAAGUUUGGAUAGUAAUGUCCACUCUACCACUUAACCUCGUCGAUAGCAGAAAAAAUACAAAAAUAAAUUACAAAAUAUACAGAUAUAGUAAAGAAUCGAAGCAAAGAAUGACAAUAAAAUGUAAUAAAAGUAAUGAGAGUAAAUGAUAACAACUUAGAGCCUGUUCACAUGACAGCGAUUUACGUUCGGUUGUCGCGCGGUUGACAAACCGAGCGAUUGCCAGGUAUAGGGAAACACAUGGUGCCGUACACAUGCAUCGCUCGGUUUUAGUAGUCGCCGGCGAAUCGCGGCGGUUGUAGUCUCAGACUACAACCGCUCGGUUGUCGCUCGGUUGCCGGGCGUCUCGAUAUACUAGAGCAGGCAUGAGAGCGUACACAUGUCUUCAGUCAACCGAGCGGUUUCGAUCAGAGCAGUAAUAUAUGUUUAAGAGUAAUAUAGUGAAUAAGUAAAUAGAUUAAGAUAUGAAGAUUGAGUACAUAGAUGUUGUACCUAGUAAUUAUUUAUCAUAACCGAGCGCAAACCGCUCAUGAAUCGCUGUCAUGUGUACGAGGCUGGCAAACCGAGUGAUUUGCCAAUCGAGCGACAACCGAGUGUAAAUCGCUGUCAUGUGAACAAGCUGUAAUAUUUGUGCAAUCCCUCAGCAAGUCAUCAAUGAAGCUCGUGGUGUGUAUUAGUAUCCCUGGAGGAAAAAGGUGGCGUGUAUCAUGGGACUAAAGUACAGUGGAUAAGAUAGUGAGAGUAUACUGAAGGCGAUUAAUAACUGCACAAUCCUUUAGAGAUAGCUGCUCUAUAGUAGAGAUCGUGAUGUGUGAUGUUAUCCCUCGAGCAAUAAUGCUGUGUAUAUUACAGGACUUGAGUUUAUUGAAUUUCAUAUUGCAUGUAACGUAUAGUUUAGUAUAUAGUAUAGUAUAAAAUAACGUCAGGUGCAUAUAGUAUAUAAUCCACUGCGAAAAUGUGACUGUGUGAUUAGGGAGAUAAUUCCUAAAAAAAUGACUGAAUCAAUCAAAAACAUAAUGUUGUUAGCAUGACUGAUAGAUGAAACGUAUUGUCGCUAUCAAAAUAUUAUGAUUGGUAUUAAUGGAAAUCGUGAUGUUUUGUUUGCAUCACUCAAGGAUUAAUGUUAUGUGCAUCACAUAACUAAAGUAUUUUUCCUCUGUCUUGGAAAUGAGACGUUUUGUUACUGCAGAUGGUUCAUUCACGAAAAAAAAUGUUGGAAUUGUAAAAAAUGAAGGUGUACUGCCGUAGUGCGUACUGCAGAUGGUUCAUUCAAGAGAAAAUGUUGGAAUUGUAAAAAAGUAAGGUGUACUGCCGUAGUGCGUACUCCCAACUAAUGAAAGUCAUAGGAAUAUUUUUUUCAUGUAUCUUGUCAUAUAUCAUGUAUCUUGCAAAUAUAAUAAAAAACAUUUGUGGAGUAAAGUCUAAUUAAAUUGUAUCUGAUCACAUUCUAUUGUAGUCACAGGGAUUGCUAAUAUUUUUAAAAGAAGUCUAAUAACAAAAAUAAGGAUUCCAAGCAAGGUUAAAUCACCAUCAUCCAAAAUAAGUAAUGUAGAUACGUAUUUUAUUCAUAUGUAUUUUUUUAUUUUGUUAUUCAUCCUAUGAACUUCGUUGUAAUGCAUCUUGGGAAUCGUAAAUAUUGAUUAAGACCAGACCUGUUUCACAUAGAAUAUUGAUACAGUAUUAAAAAAACUAUUACUCUGGCUUUA